AAAAGUCAAAACCGUCCAAUGUUUCGUUUUAAAAUGCUUGCUUUAAGUCCAUUGUUAUUCCUCUCCGCUGCAAUUUGGUAACUCGUCUUCUCAAUCAGUCUCUGCCUUCUCCUCCGUCUUCAUCCUCUCACUCACUCACUCGGACGCUCUCCUCUCAACGGCUCUCCCUGUGACUCUGCCAAGACGCCGUCAACACAGCGCCCCUGUCUCGUACGUCCUUGCAGUCGCCGUCACGUCGUCCUCACUUCCGCUGCCUCCAGCCCUCCACGCUGUCCUCAUUCCUCGCUCUCCACUGCAACCAUGCCUUCGUUAGGAUGGAGAAGGAAAAACUGAGAUACAAGCUAGUCCAGUUACUCCAACUUCGAAAGAACUGCAACUUCUAAAAAGGCUACGCUUGAGAGACCAAAGUUUUAUAGAGAGCAAAAACAAAAAAAAGAAGAAAUUAUGUUCACGGAUGCAAUAGGGAAUGCAGGGUACUCUCUGCUGAACGAUUUAAGAGCUGAAAUUGAAGUGAAGGAUGGAACUUUUUCUCUCUGCUUUUGGGUUUAUUUGGCCAACUCAACUACAUUUCCUGCUACCAUUAUUCAGCAGGUUUGCUCUGAUGUUUCUGAAAGUGCUCCUUUCCUCGUUAUAAAUGAUCACAAGAGAAUUAAUCUUCUACCGCUUCUUCUCUUACAUGAAGAAGCUCCUGAUACUGGCAAUAUCAAUUCCUUGACAGAAGUUGCAUAUGCAACUGUAGAUUUUGAGUUUCCAUUGCAAAAUUGGGUUCACGUUGGAUGUGAGGUUUGCCCUAAUCACAUGAAACUACAGAUUAAUGGAGAGAUUGUUGGAGAAAAACCGCUGUCAUCAAAUAAGGAACCCAGUUCAAAUGAUUUGAGGAAAAUAGUUUUGGCAAAUAUUGGUGGAGAUGGAAAUAUUUCACACGGUUAUGUGUACAAUUUUCAAGUUUUCCCUUCUGUUUCAUCUAUUAAAGAUCACCAUAUGAAGGAUCCUCCUCUAAAGUUAUCUAUUGAUGAGUCAUCUGCCUCUGAGAUUGAAGAAGAAAGUGAUGGUGUUUGGAGCAUUGUUGGUGGCAAGGCAUCUUGUCGUAGGAACUUCUCUUUGGACGUUGUACUAUUAGAUGUUUUUGGCCAACCUGUUGAUAAGGAGAAUGAGCAGGUUUAUGCUUCACUUUUGUAUGCUGACACACGGGCACCAGUGGAGAAUACAAUUGAUGAAGAAGCACCCAUUUUGGCUAGCUAUGAUGGAAUUGAAUUUCCUUCUUAUGAAAGACCGAGUAAACUUUUACUGGGCCGUGCAUCUUUUAAGCUGAAGAUAUCUCAGCUUUCAUCCAAGUGUGAUAACAGGUUGUUCCUCAUCAAAUUCUGUGUUCCAAAAUUAGGAAAUUAUCCUUUUUUUGAGGCACUCUCCCGUCCAAUUCGAUGCAUCUCCAGGAGUCGUAAUACCCGAUUGUCUACCCUGGUGUGGAAAAGGUCACCUGGUCUUCCUAAGCAUAAUUUAAUGCAAUCUUCAGGAAUGGAUGAUGCAUCCUUUGAACAUCAGCAUCCUGUUUGUGAGGCAAAAUCUAAUCCAUUAACGAAGCGAUUCAGAUUUGGACAUGACAAGAUAUCCGUAUCAGUGAAGGCUGACACCAACCUAGAGCAACCUGACGAGGAAUGUAAUUCUCAUGCCCGGACUACUAAUCAGGUUGAGAAUGGGCUUACAACUGGCUUGUAUGGCACACCUGCUAACUACGAGGCAUAUGAGACUCUGUCUGAUUCAGAGAGUAUAGGGGAGAGAAAUUCACCUUCAAAUAAUGUGGCAAGUAGAAGAUAUCCAAUAUCUGACAUGACUGUUUUUAAGUACUGCUUGGCUGGCUUGGCUGAGAGAUCGCUGAUGCUUAAGGAGAUUGCAUCCUUGGCCUCAAAGAAAGAAAUUUCAGAGUUGGCCCAUCAUGUGUCACUUUAUUCAGGAUGUUCACACCAUGGAAAUCAAAUAUUAAUUGCCAAAAAAUUGGUGGAAGAUGGAACUAAUCUUUGGAAGAUGAUGUCUCCAAACAACAACCACGUUCCUUGGGAGAGUGCAGUGUAUGAGAUUGAAGAGCAAUUCAUGAAGAUUGCUUGCAGUUCGCGAUCUCUCUCACAUCAGGACCUAGAGCUUCUAAGAGUUAUUGCUGGAUGUCAAGAGUAUUUAGCCCAAGAAAACUUUGAGAAGUUAUGGUGUUGGUUGUACCCUGUGGCUUACAUAAUUUCAAAGGAGCGGGUAAACCCUAUCUGGAAUUCUACAUCACCUAAGUGGAUAGAAGGAUUCAUAACUAAGGAGGAAGCAGAAGCUUCGCUUCAAGGUCCCACAGGACUUCAAGAACCAGGUACAUUUGUAUUGAGAUUCCCCACCUCAAGAAGCUGGCCCCACCCAGAUGCAGGUAGCCUAAUUGUCACAUAUGUUGGCAAUGAUUACAAACUUCACCACAGGCUACUUUCGGUGGAUCGUGUUUUUGGCUCUGGUGAUAAAGGAAUCGACAUGAAGCCACUCCAAGCUAUGCUAAUGGAAGAACCUGAGUUGACUCGAUUGGGAAGGAUAAUAAGAGGCCAAUAGGAUCGGUAGAACUGUGCAGAAUGCCCUUCACCACCCAGUUGAGUUCCUUUGAAGGUUGUCUUUGAGUGAUAGACUCAGAGAAGAUGCGGCUUCUUGUGGUUGAUUUACGAUAGAAUGUUUUCCAUCCAGCAUAUAUGUAUAUAAUGUAAGAUUUUAGGUAUGAUAUUUUCAAAUUUAGCAGCUGUUGAUCGUUGAACUGCAUUUAUUCAUAUGUAACCACCACCACAAUUCAUAGCAUUGCUUUUCGUGUGCAGUUGGCUUCAAUAGCCAUCUUGUUCAUUGAUAACGCAAUGAUUCUAUUGAUUUUUCUAAUGAAAAAAACUAACCCGUUAACUAGGUUUUUACU